CCUCUUUUCCUCUCUCUCCCGUUCUCACACCCCUCCUCCCGUCUCUCACUCCCUCUCCCUCUUUCGGUUUUGGGGAAGCAGCGAUCAGACCCUGCCCUUCUCUCUUAACAAACAGACAGACCAGAAAACAAUCAGAAAACAGACAUAGACAGCAGAGGGUGACGGCUGACCUGACUGGCAAGGAGAGAGAGAAUUACAUUUUUUAGUUUGGAUCGAGGACAGAGUGGGAUCCCUCCUCCUCUCCUCUCCCCUCCUCUCCGCUGGAAUACCACUGCAGGGCUGGGAAUCUCAUCCCAGUCCUGCUCCUGUUCCUCUAACUCAGCCAGUUCCGCUCUAUGAUGCUGUGAAGGAUGGUCCACCAGGAAAACUGUUCUUACCAGGCCCAAAAGAAUGAGAGGGAGUCUAUCAGGCAGAAGUUGGCUCUGGGCAGUUUCUUUGACGAUGGGCCAGGCAUCUACACCAGCUGCAGCAAGAGCGGCAAACCCAGCCUAUCCUCACGGCUGCAGAGUGGAAUGAACCUACAGAUCUGUUUUGUCAAUGACAGCGGCAGCGACAAGGACAGUGAUGCAGAUGACAGCAAGACAGAGACCAGUCUGGACACACCUUUGUCCCCCAUGUCCAAGCAGAGUUCGUCCUACUCGGACAGGGACACCACAGAGGACGACUCCGAGUCUCUGGAGGACAUGGACUUCCUGAGUCGACAGAAGAAGCUGCAGGCGGAGGCGAAGCUGGCCCUGGCUAUGGCCAAGCCCAUGGCCAAGAUGCAGGUGGAGGUGGAGAAACAGAAUCGCAAGAAGUCACCGGUGGCCGACCUGCUUCCACAUAUGCCUCACAUCAGUGAGUGUCUAAUGAAGAGAAGCUUGAAGCCCACCGACUUGAGAGAUAUGACUCUUGGACAGCUCCAGGUUAUAGUCAAUGACCUGCACUCCCAGAUUGAGAGUCUGAAUGAGGAGCUUGUACAGUUGCUGCUGAUUCGGGAUGAACUACACAUGGAGCAAGAUGCCAUGCUGGUUGACAUAGAGGACCUCACUAGGCAUGCUGAGAGCCAGCAGAAACAUUUGGCUGAGAGGACCCUAUCUAAAUAAGAUGCCCAUCCCUGCUCCACCUUUCUCCCCUGUGCCAAGCUAAGCUCCUGCUCCAAACCAGACUUUUCCCCUUAGGCCAUUCCACCUCUGCCCUGUGUCGAUCCAAAUCCUGCCCGCUUGUCCCAAGUAUUUUGCUCCUUGCUGCUUCCCCGUCUCCCAAUGUCUAACCUCCUGUCCAACCUAUUGACUCCAGCAGCAGCACAGAAGAAGGCCACUCUCUUUCUUUUGCUUCUGUGAUUUCUCCCAGUGCUAAGGACAGAGGAGCACUUCCUGCUUCCUGGGAGAAGAGGAAACUGAUUGUGUGUUGUCAUGGAUUCUGUCCCCAGCUUCCUGUGCAGUGAUCGGCCUUGCUUUGCGAUUGUUUCUUUUUAACUUUCUACAUUCGCCACUAAAUUAUAACUGUCAAAUGCAAAAAUUGUGGGAAAAAAAUAAAAUAAUAGUGCAAAAUUUAGUAGAAAGUCAGUCAUGAGAAAAAAGAAACAACAUUGUAUAAAAAAAAGCUGAUGGAAACUAACUUCUUCAGAACAUUUUAAGUUGGACAGUAAUUUUAAAGUAUUUCAAAGUCGACCUGUUUUUAUUCUGCACAAUGGUAGUUUUCAACUGAGAAAUGUUUAUUUGAAGGUGCUAAAAGAGUGUAAAGGAAACAUGCCUGCCUUGUAGUGGAGUCGUAGCUUUUGGUAAUACGUUCACUCUAAUUGCUCUUCAACAUUUUGUGAAUGUUGAUUUUCUGACACGAGUCAUUUUAAAUGAAUAAGUGUGUUAAUAUUGUUUUCAUCCUAUUGUAAUCAGAAACUUUAUUGAGGGAAGAAAUGUUUAUGUACAGAUAUGUAAAAUAAAGAAUAAACUUUGUUUCAUAUA